GUUUCUUAGCUUUAUUUCCGUCGGUGUUUUUUUUUUUAGUAAAAAAGGUUAUAUACAGCGAAGCAAGUCUUUCCCCUUGGGUUACGUUUAGUUCAAAUUAUAGAGAAAUCAGACCAACCACGGAAACAACCACGUGGCACGCGCAUACCUCAAAUACACACAACCUUAAGAAACUGAAAUCUUGUUUUCACCGUCUCAUCAUAUCAGAUCAAGAACAAAUACAUAUCAGAGAAAGAGUGUUUUUAGUUUAUUGAUCUGAAAUAAAAUAUGACUAGCGGCACCGUAGAAGACGGUAAAAACAGAUCAGCUGCGACUGAUUAUCAACACCAGCAGCAGCCUCCUCCUCAUCCUCCUCCGUUUCAAGGUGUCUCUAACUAUCCACCUCCUCCUCCGCAGCAGCAGCAGCCACCUCCCCCCGGUUAUCCACAGCCAGCUCAGCCCUAUGUCUCUGGUUAUGCUGUUAAUGGAGUAGUAGAACACGAUCGUCUACCUUGUUGUGGCAUAGGCAUUGGUUGGUUAUUAUUCAUCCUUGGUUUCUUCUUCGGUGCCAUCCCCUGGUACAUCGGCUGUUUUCUUUUUCUAUUCUCUAGAAACCAGCGUGAGAGACCAGGAUACAUAGCUUGUGCAAUUGGAGCUGUUAUUGCUACGAUUUUCAUCGUUCUUGGAGCCACAAGAGGAUCAGGGGUCUGGUAGUCAAAUGACCAGACGCGACGCUCUUAAUCCGUUAAAGACCGGUUAGGGUGUUUGAUAUACUGUUGCUGCAAAAGAAGAUUGUACAUGUGUGUUUACAUAAAGAACUCAAAUGUAUAUUGUUUGAAGAUUACAUUACAGUCGACCAUGGCAUUUGUUUACUUACCAAAAAUGUUCUUCUCCAAACCAUAGUAAAAUGUAUUUGUUACUGAAAAAAAAAUUAUAUAAAUGCUUUGUGUGUGAUUUGAAGUGUUCUAAAAAGUAUUCUAAGCAGCUGUGUAAGCAGCGUUACCUUCUACAAUUAGACCGCAUAAAUAACAAUUUAGACUUCUGAUUAA